AUGUACAUCCAGUUUGUAUUCAUGACCGUCGUUUUCUUCUUAUUUAUAACUGUUAUUAGCAGUUCUCACUUUUUGGGUGGCACUAUCAGUUGGCGUAUACAGAAUUCAUCAACUAGUAGUUCAUCGAUAGCUAUACUUAUUAUUCAAACAUAUUCUUGGACAUAUACUCCUGGAAAAUGUGACAAUGGUGCAAUUGCUACAAAUAAACCAGUGUCUGGUUCAGGAGGAACAUUAACUUGUUCACCUAGUUGUCCCACUGGUUUUGGAAGUGUGUCUGCUACACCUUAUUGUACUGACGUUUCUUCGCUUAAUGGAAUCGCAGUUGGACAACGUUCAGACAUAGUUUUAAUACCACAAGGUAGUGAUUUUUCAGCCAUUUAUGCGAGUGGUGCGUGGGGUGCCAUAGCGACAGGAGGAGGUAGUUGGUCCAUUUCAUCGCAUAUUAAGCUAAUGACAAGAUCCGAUAAUGGCAUGUUUAACAAUGCUCCAGUAGCCACUGUCAUGUCUCCAAUCAAUAUUGAACAGAAUAAAAAGACACUGAUUACUAUCUCAGUCAGCGAUGCUGAUGGAGAUAUUGUUCGAUGCCGUUGGGCUACUGCUUCGAAUGGGAUUGAUGAAUGUGGUUCCAUAUGUCCACCAAGUUCAUUACCAGCCAAUACAGUGAUUUAUUCAAAUUGUAGUAUUGAAAUUACCGGUACAACUGCUGGUAGUCGAUAUGCUUUAGCAAUUAUGGCAGAGGAUUUCAUCAAUUCAGCUAGUACAACACCAUUAAGUUCAGUACCUGUUCAAUUUAUUGUGAAAUUCAUUACUCCACCAUCAUGUUCUAUUCCACCUGAAAUAUUGCUUACUGGAGCAUCAUGUACACCAAUUAAAGUCAAUGAAACAUUUAUAUCCCAAUUACUUGGUGUAAAUCAUUGUGGAGAAAAUGUUACUAUUAUAGACAUUGCUACAUUGUCUUUUUCUGGAAUGAUUCAAGGAUCUCUUGUCAAAUUAAGUUCUCUCAUUUACUAUAAAAGUUUAACUUGGACACCAACUAUUUAUCAACUGGGCUAUCAAGUAAUGUGUGCAAUUGCUUUGAACAGUGAAUAUGCACAAUCAUCGCAAUAUUGUUUCACGUUUUAUGUAACAGAAAGUGGUACGAAUGCAUGUCCGAGCGCUAUAGACGAUGAUGCAACGACAACUCCACCAACAACAGCACCAACAUCCACAUCCACAACCACCACAUCAACAUCCACAACCACCACAUCAACAUCCACAACCACUACAUCAACAUCCACAACCACCACAUCAACAUCCACAACCGCUACAUCAACAUCAACCCAAAUACUAACAUGUUUUGAUGAAAAUCAAAUUGUUUAUUCUCGUGUACCAGAUGAAGUUGAUUUAUAUGACAGUGAUGAAUAUAGUGAUGAUGGUUUUGUAAAUAAUCUAAAACAACAAUCAUUAGCUCGUGUUGCUCAAAUUUUGGGUACAGUCGGUGAAGAUAAUGAAAAUACUAAUGCAGAUGAAAAUAAUGAUUUAUCUGAAAAUGAAUUUGAUGGUGAUGAAGUUGAUGAUGAUCUCGUAUUUAGUACAGUACCACAACGAUCAACAAUUUCCACAACAAGAAAAAUACAUUUUGAUGAAAUUGACGAUGAUGAAAUGCGUCGUUUUGCGGAAUCAUUCGAACAAGAACAACAAGAUACUAAAAUGGAUGAUAAUGAUCAAAUUGAUGAUGAUAUUGAUGAUGAUCAACUUUGUCAAGAUUAUGCACGUAAAAUGCAAACACCAACAAAAUCAAUACAAAUUGAAAAUAAUAAAAGAAAAGAACCAUGUAUUGAAGAUCUUGAUGCACUUCUAAAUGAUAAUGAUAACGAUGAAUAUAAUAUUGAAAAUAAAAUGGAACAACAACAACAAAUGUCACCUGUUUUUAAAAAGAAACCAUAA